GGUCUUUUUUUGCCGCCAAAAUGAAGCGCACACACACUCUUGAAUGAAAAACAAGAUCACUGUCACAGAAACGCUUCUUUUUGUUCUGAACACCCUCCCUCCGCCUAACCUUCAUUAACUUCAGGACCAGCGCGAUGAGCACGUUUCCAGCAUCAACGAUCAAAGACAUUGCAGAGUCGGUCGGCAUCCCAAACCUCAAGGAUGAUGUUGCCGUAUCGCUCGCUCAGGAUGUUGAAUAUCGCAUCCAUGAGAUUGUUCAGGAAGCCAUGAAGUUUAUGCGCCACGGCAAAAGGACCAAACUCACAGUGGACGAUAUCAACAAUGCCCUACGCGUCAGAAAUGUCGAACCACUGUAUGGAUUCAGCUCUGCGGACCCAACGCGAUUCAGGAGAACCACCGCAGGAACAGGGGCUACUGGCACUAGCGAGAUCUUUUUCGUUGAGGACGAAGAGCUCGAUUUCGAAACAAUCCUCAGCGCACCUCUUCCCAAAGUCCCACUUGACGUUACCUACACCGCGCAUUGGUUGGCCAUUGAAGGUGUGCAGCCAGCGAUUCCUCAGAAUCCAACACCUUCAGAUGCCAAGUCGGAACUUUUACACAAGCGCGUCAAACUCGAUCCUACAACACAGCCUGUCAUUCCAGGAAUCAAACCAGGCCCAACCAGUGCCAGCAACUCCAGUGCCAUCAACAACAGCGGCAUCAAUAAUAACAACAAUAAUAACAAUAGCAGCAACGGUGCAGAGAUCAAGCCAUUGGUCAAGCAUGUGCUUUCGAAGGAGUUACAGAUGUACUACGAAAGGAUCACAAGUGCUGUGUUGAGUCCGGAUGAGGUGCUCAGGGCAACAGCCAUCAGCAGUUUGCAGAACGAUCCAGGUCUGCACCAGCUGCUGCCCUAUUUUGUCCAACUUGUUGCUGAGAAGGUCACACAAAAUACAAGGAACCUGCCUGUGCUCUUCUCGAUGAUGGCUAUGGUUCGCGCAUUGCUGGAUAACGACAACUUGUUUAUUGAGCCAUAUCUGCAUCAACUCAUGCCGCCUAUUUUGACCUGCGUUGUCGGAAGGCGCCUCGGUGACCCCACCACACUAUCUGCUCCAAACGAAGAUCACUGGUCAUUACGCUCAACAGCCACGGACAUUGUUCUGUUGAUCUGCGAAAAGUAUGGUUCUUCGUACCAUACACUCCAACCUCGUGUUACCCGCACAUUGUUGCGAGCAUUCAUGGAUCCCGAGAAACCACUUACAACGCAUUAUGGCGCGAUCCUGGGACUUUCUAAGAUGGGCAACGAGGCGUUCAAGACGCUGGUGGUCCCGAAUCUGAAAACGUAUUCGCAUGUGAUCGAGCCCGAGCUGGGACUGGAUUAUCAUGAAGAUGAAACGUUGAUGGAGGUUGAGCAGCAUUUGGAAAGUUCGGUGGCGAUUAAGAAGGAUGAAGCGGCACAUUGCCUUGAAGCACUUUUGACUGGGCUUCUAUCACUCAUCAAGAACGAGGCUGCCAAGGCCAGCGGAUCUGCCAAGGCUGUGGUGUCGACCGAUGAUGUGCGUGAACCUCUUACGCAGGCCAUUGGUCCAUUGCUGGCGACAGCUGUGCUCCGGGAAGAGGGGAUCGAGCGGUAUCUGCAGGGUAUUGUAGUGGUGAUUGAAAACUGUUAAUAAACGUGGCAUGAGAUUGUGUGUAGUAAAAAGAACUAUCUGGCAUUUUUUUUUGGUUUCUUCAUUUUCGACUCGUGUGGCCCAGGCGUUGUGU